GCUGGCGAGGGUGGGAACGGCCGGAAGGGAAGGGAGGCCGAGCGUCCGAGGGUGGCGCAGCAGGGCAUGGACCCGCCGCUCCCUCCGCGUCCCAGGGCACUCGAGGAUACCGGGGAGCUGGCGGCCCCUGCGAGAGUCAGCGGGCAUCUGCUCUGUGCCGGGCAUCGCAGGGGACGCGGACUGAGACCCAGAAGGCCAGGUUCCGGACCUAGGAGCCGGGCCUUCUCCCUCGUGUAGCUCCCUCGGCCUGGGCACCCCACCCGCGUCCUCUCAUCUCCAGGCUUUGCCCGCAGGAAGCCAGCCCCGCCCGCCUCCGCCCCGCGCUGCCCAUCUCUCGGUUCCUGUUACCUUCCACCCUGUAGUUUAGUGCUUAAGACGACAGAGCCCACAGCCUGGCUCAGUCUCAUUACGGUGUGGCCUCUCUGUGCCUCAGCACGGCAUCCGUAAAGCGGGUAUCAUAGCGGCACUUGCGUCGCUGGAACCUUGUCUGAUUUCAUGAGUUGUGCAUGUAAAUCGCUUAGAGUAGUGGCUGCCACCUAGUAAAUGCUCAAUACACGUUAGCUGUUCUCAGCCCUUAAGACAGGGUCUGGCAUACGGUGGUGGUCACUAGGCGUUUGUUGUUUAAAGGAAUGAAUGAAAAUUGAAUGGAGGAUGCACAGAGUAUUGUGAGAAACCUUAACUCCAAGGUGUGUGUAUGUGGGUGAUAAGGAAGGUUUCACUCUGGAAAUGAGCAGUGUUGGGCCUGGAAUAGAAAGCGUAUUCGUUUCCUAGGGCUGCAAACAAAAUGCCGGGUGGCUUAAACAUCAGAAAUUUAUUUUCUCACAGUUCUGGAGGUUAGACGUCCAAGAUCAAGGUGUCAUCAGGUUUGGUUUCUUCUGAGACAUUUCUCCUUGGAUUGCGGGUGGCCACUUUCUUGCUGUGUCAUCACUGGUGUUUCCUCUGUGUUCCCCAUCUCUGGUGUCUCUCUUUGUAUCCAGAUUUCCUCUCUUCAUAAGAACAUCAGUCAGGUUGUAUUAGGGCCUACCUUAAUGGCCUCAUUGUAACUUAAUUACCCCUUUACAAGCCUGAUCUCCAAAUACAGACACAUUCUGUGGUUCUGGGGGAACACAGUUUACCCAUAACGAAAGGAAUUCACAAGAAUGGACAAGGAGGGAUAUAUUUUCCAACAGAAGUGACAGAAUGGACAAGAGGCUUAAAAGCAGGGUGCUCAAGGUGUUUUUUUGUGUUCAGGGCACAUAUGUGCACUUCAGUCUUGUUUGUGCUCGCCUGCUUUUUUUUUUUGUUUGUUUGUUUCCAUUUUAUCCCCCUGAAAACUCAAAGGGGGAGAGCCCUCUCAUUUUUUGUCUGGCAAACUUAACUCAUGUUUCAGCCUAGAUGUGUCUUCCAGGAAGUUUUCCGUGACCCUUCCUCCCAAAUUAAUUUCUGCUUCCUCCAUUUAAUAACUCUGGUACACUGUGACAAUUGUUUUUCCCACUAGACUGAUGCUUCAUGAAGACAUGGAUGACCAUGCCUGAUGUGUUUGCCAUUUUACCUUCAGUGCCUAGAAUAUAAUGGGCCCUCUGUAAAGUUAGGUGAAUGAUGGAAAACUGAGGCACAGGCAGGGAACCAUUUGUCAGCAUUCGGUCCUCUUGAUAAUCUGUUGUACAUAUUAGGCACAGAAUAUCUGUUUAACUGAAUUGGCCUUCCCCAGUAUAAAGCUAAGACAAGACUCCAAAUUUGUUUGCUUCAAGACAGUGCUUUUCUGAGUUGGGUGGAGGUGAGGGUCUAUGAGUAAGCCUUUUGGAAAGUUUGAUGAUGGGCAGACUCCUUAGGGGCCCUCUAAGGUAAGCUUGGUAAUAAGGUGUGUGAACUGUGGGCCCUUGGAGAAGUAAUCUAUUAAUGGCUCAGCUGAGAAAACAUCCACAAAUUUUAUCUAGUAGUAUUUGAUCUGUUGAUAGAAUUGAGGGGCCUCUGCUCUAGGAGUCUUCUCUGCAGGUUGAAACUCCAUUCUGGCUCGUUUCCUUUAGAGGCAUUUCUUCAUUCACAUUGAUGUAAGCCUUUUCUUGUUUCUUUUCCCCCCAUAUUUUUGUUGUUUGAUGCCAUUCAUACCACCUUUCCACCAAAACAUUCCUUGUACAGAUUUGUAGCUUUUAGAACAAGAAGAAACCAUAGAGCUCAUCUAGUCCAGUGGGGGACUCCUCCAUUGUUAUGGAUGAAAAACAGGCCCAGAGUCUGAUCCAUCCAGAAAUAUGUAUUGAGUGCCUACUAUGUCAAAGACACUCUGCUAAGUACCAGAGAUACAUUGUUCAGUAAGACAGACGGAGUCCAUGUCUUCACCACAGACAGUCUUUGCUGCUUGUCACCAGGUCUCUUGAAUGGUUGAGCAUGGACCCUGUUGCUACCCACAGCUGCCAUCUCCUCCAGCAACUGCAUGAGCAGCGAAUCCAAGGCCUGCUUUGUGACUGUAUGUUGGUGGUAAAAGGAGUCUGCUUUAAAGCACAUAAGAAUGUGCUAGCAGCAUUCAGCCAGUAUUUUAGGAGCCUCUUUCAGAAUUCUUCAAGCCAGAAGAAUGAUGUCUUUCACUUGAAUAUUAAAAAUGUCAGUGGCAUAGGGCAGAUCCUGGACUUCAUGUAUACUUCUCAUCUAGAGCUUAACCAGGACAAUAUACAAGUAAUGCUGGACACAGCACAGUGUUUGCAAGUUCAAAAUGUUCUGAGUCUGUGUCACACAUUUUUAAAAUCAGCCACUGUAGAACAGCCACCUGGCAUGCCUAGUAACAGUACGUUGUCUCUGCAAAGCACCCUGACCCCCGAUGCCACUUGUGUUAACAGUGAAAACACCUACUCUCCUCACUUACUGCCGGAAUGUUCGGCAGACACACAGCAUAAUAAAGGGUUGGAUGAAUCGCAUUCACAUGCUUCACCCUCAGUGAACCUUCAUCACUCCACAGGUGAAAUAGCAAAACAAGCCCCUGAUAGUUCAGACGGCACCUGCACAGAACUGCCUUUCAAACAGCCAAGUCACUAUUACAAACUCAGAAACUUUUACAGUAAGCAGUACCAUAAACACGCAGCUUGUCCCAGUCAGGAGCGAGUCGUUGAGCAGCCUUGUGCUUUCAGCACCUCCGCAGACCUUACCACGAUAGAAAGCCAGCCUUGUGCUGUCAGUCAUGCCGAAUGCACCCUGGAGUCUUCCGAGCACUUGCCUUCUAACUUCCUGGCCCAGCCUGUGAAUGACUCUGCCCCAGACCCUGAGUCAGACGCCAUAUACCAACAACCUGUCAAGCAGAUGAGGCUCAAAAAGGCCAUUCAUCUGAAGAAACUCAAUUUCCUAAAGUCACAGAAAUCCGCAGCGCAAACAUCGGAACCCAAGUCGGAUGAUGGUUUAACAAAGAGGGUGGAAUCUGCUAGUGAAAAUACCCUAGAGAAAACUAGCAGCCAAAGUACUGAAGAAAAAGAAAGUGAAGAACCCGUCAGUUGUGAGAAUUAUAAUUGCAUGAGUGAGACGGAGAGGCCCGAAGACCCGGCAGCACUGGAAGACCAGUCCCAGACACUUCAGUCCCAGAGACAAUACGCGUGUGAAUUAUGCGGGAAACCUUUUAAACACCCAAGCAACUUGGAGCUUCAUAAACGGUCUCAUACAGGUGAGAAACCUUUUGAAUGUAACAUUUGUGGGAAACAUUUCUCUCAGGCAGGUAACUUACAGACUCACUUACGACGACACUCUGGUGACAAACCGUACAUCUGCGAGAUCUGUGGAAAGAGGUUUGCAGCCUCUGGCGACGUCCAGCGUCACAUUAUUAUUCACUCAGGAGAAAAACCACACUUGUGUGACAUCUGUGGUCGAGGGUUUAGUAACUUCAGUAAUUUGAAGGAGCACAAGAAGACACACACGGCUGAUAAAGUCUUCACCUGUGAUGAGUGUGGAAAGUCUUUUAAUAUGCAAAGGAAGUUAGUAAAGCACAGAAUUCGGCACACGGGGGAGCGGCCUUACAGCUGCUCUGCCUGCGGGAAGUGUUUCGGGGGAUCAGGCGACCUCCGCAGGCACGUCCGCACUCACACUGGGGAGAAGCCGUACACGUGUGAGAUCUGUAACAAGUGCUUCACCCGCUCCGCAGUGCUCCGGCGGCACAAGAAGAUGCACUGCAAAGCUGGGGACGAGAGCCCGGACAUGCUGGAGGAGUUCAGCCAAGCCAUCGAGACCUCCGACCUCGAGAAGUCUCAGAGCUCAGACUCUUUCUCCCAAGACACGUCCGUAACGCUGAUGCCGGUGUCGGUGAAACUCCCCGUCCACUCAGGGGAAGAUUCUGUGGCAGAAUUUGAUAGCCACUCUGGCGGCUCCUAUUGCAAGUUACGGUCCAUGAUCCAACCUCAUGGAGUUAGUGACCAGGACAAGCUGAGUUUGGAUCCUGAUAAACUUGCCAAGCCCCAGAUGCCGCAGACACAGCCUCAGGCAUAUGCUUACUCGAAUGUGGACUCCUCAGCCGGUGGUGAGCCACUGCAGGCGGAUGGCAUGGCCAUGAUCCGCUCCUCUCUGGCUGCUUUGGACAACCACUGUGGUGACCCCCUGGGUAGUCGAGCAUCUUCCACCACUUACAGAAACUCAGAGGGCCAGUUUUUCUCCAGCAUGACCCUCUGGGGGCUAGCGAUGAAGACACUGCAGAAUGAAAAUGAGUUAGACCAGUGAUGGACUGCACUUCUCCACGGUGGAGGCUUGUUCUCAGUUUGGCAGGCUGGUAUCAAGCCUGCAGGAGGGCCAGGCCCAGUGGCUCACGCCUGUGUUCCCAGCACUUUGGGAGGCCAAGCAGGUGGAUUACAAGGUCAAGAGAUCGAGACCA